AUGGCGAACGAAAUGCUUUUAUGUCUCCAAGCAUCCAUUCUCUUCCAAGACGCAGCUGCUGUCGUUUCCUUCAACAACACCAGUGAAACUCUGCAAGUGAUCUAUAAUGCCUCCGUGCUUGUCACAGGGGAUACUGUUGCGGCGAUCAUUCCAGCGUCAGAACAUGUUCAACUCCCGGCUAAUACCACCGUUGUACCGUCCAAGGGCAAGAUAAUUACCCCUGGAUUUGUGGACACGCAUCGGCAUGCCUGGCAGACUGCCUUCAAAACCUUGGGUUCGAAUACUAGUCUGGCGGAAUACUUUAUGCGAUAUGGCGAGUUCUCACCGGCCAAGAAGAGCUUCACCCCAGAGGACGUGUAUAUAGGGCAGUUGACUGGGCUGUACGAAUCCCUUAACAGUGGAGUGACUUCCAUCCUGGACCAUGCGCACCAUACUUGGUCGAAUGAGACUGCACUGGCAGGCCUUCAAGCCUCUGUGGAUAGUGGAGCCAGAACCUGGUGGUGCUAUGGCUUUCAUAAUCUCAGCGACGCGACCUGGGUCUCUAAUUAUACCCGAGAGGACCAGAUUGCCGAUUUCCUCCACAUUGCCCAGCAUGGUCCAUGGCGGAAGAGCGACACUGUUUCUCUAGGGAUUGCUUAUGACAAUUUCGCAGUGGAAGGUGCUGCCGAGAUCGACCGGAUCACCUCCUUGGCUGUGUCACAGAACGUUUCUGCAUUCACAAUGCACUACCUUGGUGGUCCUUGGAGUUACGCAAAUAGUCCUCAACUGGUCAAUCAGUACAAUUUCCUCAACACCUCUAUUCCGAUUGUCUUUUCUCGCGCCUCUUACCUGAUUGUGGAGGACGCUGAGUUGCUUCGUUCAACAAAUCAAUAUAUCUCCAUCACUGGUGAAUCAGAAAAGACACUACGGACACGGCGACGCACGCAGCCAGUAUAUUAUGGACAAGGUUCUCUGGGAAUCGACACCCACUUCACCUACAGCGCAGACAUCGUCGGCCAAGCGCGCAUGUGGUUGCAGGAAGUCAGGCUCCGACUGUACGCCCAGGUCCUCGACCAUUGGGACAUCCCGCCCAAUAACCCCAUGUCUGUCGAGCAAGCCUUCUUACUGGCGGCCCGCGCGGGGGGCCUUGCCCUGCGCCGCCCAGACAUUGGUGUGCUCGUCGAAGGAGCCAAGGCCGAUCUCGUCGUCUUCGACGGUACCUCACCUAAUAUGCUGGGUUGGGACGACUCAGUGGCGGCUGUGAUCCUGCACUCCAAUCCAGGGGAUGUUGAACACGUCCUCGUGAACGGGGAGUUUCGGAAACGUGACUUCAAUCUGGUCAUCCCUGGCAACUCUCAAAUCCGGCAGAGAUUUCUUGCAUCUGCCAAGCGCAUCCAAGAGAUAUGGAAGCAGAUGCCGCCUCCUGUGUUGGAGGGCCCGUUUCCGUACACCCCAGGUGUUAAUUACUCCGAUGCUGUGACUGCGGAUGUGGUGCGUGGAUGGGAAAAUGGGUACCUCUCAUCUUGA